UGGAAGCAGCCACCUCAGCGAAGCUGCAGGAUUUCCGCAGAGUGCCGACCAGGGUCUCCCGGAAGAAAGCGGCUCCUACCGCACUCGUCUCGUGACUGAUUCGGGAGCCUUGCUUCUCCAGUUGAAGCUGGAGAAGAAAGGAGUAUCUGGCGAAAUAUGGCUGCAGAGGGCCCUGCCACGCGUCGGGUCCAGGUGGCAGAAUAUCCCAGAUUGCUGAAGCUGAAAGAGAUGUUUAACUCUAAAUUUGGAUCCAUUCCCAAGUUUUAUGUUCGAGCUCCAGGAAGAGUCAACAUAAUAGGAGAGCAUAUAGAUUACUGUGGAUAUUCUGUCCUUCCUAUUGCUAUAGAACAAGAUAUGCUAAUAGCUGUGGAACCUGUGAAAACACAUACUAUCCAACUGGCCAAUACAAACUCCUUGUACCCAGACUUCAGUACAAGUGCUAAUAAUAUUCAGAUUGACAAAACCAAGCCUGUGUGGCACAACUAUUUCCUAUGUGGAUUUAAAGGAAUUCAGGAACACUUUGGUCUUAGUAACCUGACUGGAAUGAAUUGCCUGGUAGAUGGAAACAUCCCACCGAGUUCUGGCCUCUCCAGCUCCAGCGCUCUGGUCUGUUGUGCUGGCUUGGUAACACUCACAGCCCUGGGAAUGAGCCUGUCUAAGGGUCGCUAUGAGUUGGAAUUGACUCAACGGCACCAGGUGGAACUUGCAGAAAUCUGUGCCAAAAGUGAGCGUUAUAUUGGCACUGAAGGAGGAGGAAUGGACCAGUCCAUAUCAUUUCUUGCAGAAGAAGGAACUGCCAAGUUGAUAGAAUUUAGUCCUCUGAGGGCAACGGAUGUGAAACUCCCAAGUGGAGCAGUGUUUGUGAUCGCCAAUAGCUGUGUGGAAAUGAAUAAGGCGGCAACUUCUUAUUUCAACAUCAGGGUGACAGAGUGUCGGCUGGCUGCUAAGCUCCUGGCUAAGUACAAAAACCUGCCAUGGGAUGAAGUACUGCGGCUGGAAGAGGUACAAGCCAGACUAGGGGUCAGCCUGGAAGACAUGUUGUUGACCACAGAGGAUGCCCUUCACCCUGAACCCUAUAGCCCUGAGGAGAUCUGUAGGUGUCUGGAAAUUAGCCUGGAGCAACUCAGGACCCAGAUCCUGAGUCCAAACACUCAAGAUGUGCUCCACUUCAAACUCUACCAGCGCGCGAAGCACGUGUACAGCGAGGCGGCGCGGGUGCUCCGGUUUAAAAACCUCUGUGAGGAAGCACCUGACAAUGUGGUGCAGCUGCUGGGGGAGAUAAUGAAUCAAAGCCACGCGAGCUGCCGGGACAUGUACGAGUGCAGCUGCCCAGAGCUGGACUGGCUAGUGGACGUCUGCCGGCAGUUUGGGGCUGAAGGGUCCCGACUUACUGGAGCAGGAUGGGGAGGCUGCACGGUGUCGAUAGUACCUGCUGACAAGCUGCCCAGCUUCCUAGCAAAUGUGCAGGAAGCUUAUUACCAGAGGAGUGAUGGAAGCUCAGUACCCCAGACGCCGAGUGUGUUUGCUACAAAACCUGGAGGCGGGGCUUUGGUUUUCCUUGAGGCCUAAACAAUGUAAAACAUCUCAGAGAAACUAUUUAGGGCAUUUAAAAACUGGCAGGCCUUCCUAUGCCACAGUAAUUUAAUCCUCUUUCUGUUUUGUAUUAUGAGGAACGGUUGCUAUUAUCAAGAUGCGUUGCCAAAGAAACGGUUAAGAGCUCUCUAUGCUUCAUGAUGACUAUUUUUCCAUCUUAAAAUAUGUUUUCUUCCAAUAAAAGCCAAGAUUAUGCUUGGGCAGAUCUUUUAAGGAUGAUUUACUGAGAUUUAUUGAUUUGAAGGUUUUUGAAGAUGAAUAUUAAAACACACACUGAAUACUGACCUCUUCUCCUAAACUGGACUUGAAUUAAACACACUGCUACCAUUAAACAGACAGAA